AUGGCAGCCUCAGAGUUGAGUCUUGGAGGCUCUCUGGAAGUACCUUGUGUCCAAGAGCUGGCCAAGCAGUCACUUAAAGCAGUGCCAUCCCGCUACGUGCGUUCCGAUCAAGACUUUGUUGAUGUAUCAUCAUCCGCCGAUCCCACCUCUUUACGGGAGCUUCCAGUGAUUGACAUGCAGAGGCUGCUUUCCGCCGGAUCAUCACUGGAUUCCAUGGAUUCAGAGCUAGAGAAGCUCCACAAUGCAUGCAAAGAAUGGGGAUUCUUUCAGUUGAUAAAUCAUGGAGUGAGCAGAGGAUUGGUGGAGAAAGUGAAGGUAGAGAUUGAGGAGUUGUUUAAUCUGCCGAUGGAAGAGAAGAAGAAGCUCUGGCAGCAGGAAGGGGAGCUAGAGGGAUUCGGACAAGCCUUUGUGAUGUCGGAGGAGCAGAAGCUAGAGUGGGCCGAUCACUUCUUCCUUGUCAUGCGCCCAAUUCGUAAGCGAAAGCCUCAUCUCCUUCCUGGCCUCCCUCUUCCACUCAGAGAUGACCUUGAAGCGUACUCAGCGGAAACCAGAGACCUGGGCAUGAAGAUACUUGGCUUCAUGGCCAAGGUACUAAAAAUGAAAUCCCAAGAGAUGAGAGAGCUAUUUGACGACGGAAUGCAAACAAUGAGAAUGCUGUACUAUCCUCCAUGCCCGCAGCCCGAGCUUGUCGUCGGCCUGAACGCUCACUCAGACGCCGGCGGCCUUUCCAUCCUCCUCCAAGUCAACGACACUCAAGGCUUGCAGAUCAAGAAAGAUGGCAAGUGGAUUACUGUUAAACCACUCCCUGAUACUUUCAUCGUAAACAUUGGAAACAUCUUAGAGAUCGCAACAAAUGGGAUUUACCAGAGUGUUGAGCAUCGAGCAAUCGUUAACUCCGAGAAGGAAAGGAUUUCAUUCGCGGUGUUUUUAAGUGCAAACCCUGAUGGAUAUUUGAGUCCUGCGCCUAGUCUUGUCACCGCUGAAGCUCCAGCACAGUUCAAAAGAAUUGGAGUUGUCGACUACUUCAAGGGCUUCUUCUCACGUGAAAAUCUCGGGAAGUCAUAUCUUGAUACCUUAAGGAUUAAUCAAGGCCAAAGCGAUUAGCACACUUGAUCGAGUUCAUGAGACGAUAUAUAAUGCAUGCAUGUACAACGUACUAUAGCUGUAUUUUAUAUUAAGGUUAAUUAUGAUGAAUUUCCGAUGCUUUGUAACUGUUCCAAGCUAUUGUACUUUGAUGUCUGUUUAUUAUAUGCUUUGGAUCAAAUAAAACAGAAAGGUGA